AUGUACACCAAGGUACUUUGCUUGGUCGUCCUUGUCGCUGCUGCAGUCGCGUAUGAACACCACCAUCAUCAUCAUGAACCUGCGCACUCAUCUCAAUACAUCAAGCGCCACGACGAACAUCACCACCAUGGACAUGAACAUCACCAUCACGGACAUGAACAUCACCACCAUAGUCACCCCAAAUAUGAGUUUGAAUACAAAGUAGAAGACCAUCACACCGGCGAUAUCAAGUCUCAGCACGAGACCCGCGACGGUGAUGUCGUAAAGGGCUCCUACUUUCUCCGCCAGCCCGAUGGCCACGAAAGACAUGUUCAUUAUCAUGCCGACAAGCACUCUGGAUUCCACGCUGACGUGAAAUACAGUGUGCAUCACAUGGUACCCCAUAAACACCACCACCACCACCAUUGA